AUGGCACAGGCAUCCAGAUCACACAUGAAGAGAGGUGUUGGAGUCGUUAAGGACAUUAACAAAUCAAGUCUUCAGUGCUCUGUUUCCAACAUUAGUUUUUUGCUCGGAGUUUUAGAAAUGAGACUGAUGUUUGAAUCUGAAGGUUGUGAGAAUCCGCUUUAUGAAGAAUUUGUAAAUGGCACAGUGACCUGCCUGUCUGACUCAAGGUCUGAGGUGGUUGAUGACUGUCCAGAAUGUGGCCAGAAGGGUCGACAGACCGCCUUUCACAUUGUGGUGACAUCUGUUAACAGGUGCUCUUGUACAGUCUUGGGUGACAAGGCUGUAGAUACUGGAGACACUCAGGCUGAUGAACAUAGACGAUCAUGUACAGUCUUGGGUGACAAAGCUGUAGAUACUGGAGACACUCAGGCUGAUAGACAUAGACACUCUUGUACAGUCUUGGGUGACAAGGGUGUAGACACAGGAGACACUCAGGCUGAUGAACAUAGACGAUCAUGUACAGUCUUGGGUGACAAAGCUGUAGAUACUGGAGACACUCAGGCUGAUAGACAUAGACACUCUUGUACAGUCUUGGGUGACAAGGCUGUAGACACAAGAUACACUCAGGCUGAUGAACAUGGACACUCUUGUACAGUCUUGGGUGACAAGGCUGUAGAUACUGGAGACACUCAGGCUGAUAAACAUGGACACUCUUGUACAGUCUUGGGUGACAAGGCUGUAGAUACUGGAGACGCUCAGGCUGAUGAACAUGGACACUCUUUCUUGGGUGACAAGGCUGUAGACACUGGAGACACUCAGGCUGAUAAACAUGGUCGAUCAUGUGCAGUCUCUGUUGAUAAGGUUGUAGACACUGGAGACACCAAAGCUGAUGAACAUAGACACUCUUGUGCAGUCUCUGGUGACAAGGUUGAACUCACUGGAGACAUUCAGACUGGUAAACCCUCUUGUACAGUCUGUGGUGAGGUGGUGAAUGAUGACCCUAGAGAUGCUGAUCAACUGCAGGGCUAUACUUGCAUGAAGCAAGCACCUGUGAAUAAGACUGCUGAUGGAGACAGGAAGAAGUUUUCAUCUACUGGAUCAGGUAGCAAGUGUCAAUGUUCAGAUACAGGAAAUCAAAAUAGUGCUUCAGAGUCCGCUGAAACCCUGACCAAUUUAAUACAAGAUAAACAUACUAGUGUGAGUGGUUGUCUCAGGCGCGGUGGAAGAAAGAGACAGACAAGAAAGACUGAUGACUCUGAUAUGACUGCAUUAUGCUCCUUGACGGACCAAUCUUUAAGCAGAUCAAAAUACCCCAGAAGUUUGCCACCAACACAUGGAAGGAAAGGGACAGAGAAUCCUGAAAAUAUGAACUCUAAUAUUAAAUCAGACAACUUCUCUUGUAGUGUGUGUGAUAUUGUAUUUAAGACAAAACUGCAGUUGACAAGACAUAUGAAAUCUGUGCAUGAUGGUAUGAAAUGUGAGAGCUGUGAGCAGCCUUCUUUUGAUGAUUCCCAUGCUGUAGAACUUCAUAUGAGGAACAGUGAUGGAGUGCAGGGAAGUGACGCUGCUGGGAAGACCAACAUGGCUGCCACUCACAACAUACAGCACAAGGCUGACACAUUCAAGUGUGACCUGUGUGGCAGGUGCUUCCUCAUGAGGACACAGCUGCAGGCUCAUCUGACUGUCCACACAGGAAAUCGACCUUUCACUUGUGGUUUGUGUGGCAAGCCAUUCCUGUCAAAGCUCCACCUCCACAAGCACAUGAAGCUCCACUUAGGUGGGAAACGGCACACAUGUGACCUGUGUCCUAAAGCUUUCAUAUCAGCCAAAGAUCUAGAGUACCACCGUACCAAGCAUACAGGGGAUAAGAAGUUCAAAUGUGAUGAAUGUGGAAGCUCAUUCACUGUCAAGGCAUCUCUGAAGAAGCAUGUCCUACUGCACUGUGAUGUGAAACCAUUCAAGUGUGAAUGCUGCAAGAAAGACUUUGCUUCCUUUGGGCAACUUCAGAAACACUCAAGGAUCCACAACACAGUGAACCCUCUUGUGUGUGAGGUCUGUGGCAAGACCUUCCCGACCAACAACUACCUCCAGUCCCACAGGAAGACUCACAUCGGGUAUGAGAAGCAUCGGUGCGAAGUGUGUGGAAAGUCCUACCGAGAAGCUGCCUAUCUGAAGAUCCACAUGAAAUCUCACACCGGCGAGGGGCUCUUGAAGUGUGAUCUCUGCUCUGAGAACUUUGCCGACCCAUCUUACCUGAAGGUCCACAAGAAGAGGUUCUGCCGGAGGAAGACUGUGCAGUGUGAGGAGUGUGGCAGGGAGUUUGUCAACCAGAGGGAUCUGAGGUUUCAUCGUGGAGUUCAUUCUGGAGAACGUCCACAUGAGUGCCAGGUGUGUGGCAAAGGCUUCAUGAAGGCUGAUGCUUUGUCUGAACAUGCCCGUCGACAUGACGACAGCUUGAAAACACAUAAAUGUGAUAUUUGCUCCAAGGGUUAUGUAUGUGCAAGUGAUUUGCGGAAACAUAUGAAAACACACAAUAAGGUCAAGAGUAGAGUUCAGUUACCAGAUAAAUUCAAGUAUGACCUUGAAAAUAGUGAUGCCAACAUGCUUCAAGUGAAAGCACAAGAAUUGAGUGAGGCAGGACCAGUAACCCCAAAAGUACCCAGACAUCAGAAUCUUUCAGUGGACAUUCAAAAUAUUUCACUACCAACAGAAGAACAGGAAGAGAAUCCUGAAACCCAGGUCAUUGAGGACUGUGACCUUGAAAGGAUCACUGGAAAGUUCAGCAGGAACACUUUUGUCAGUGUGAAGGCCAGUGACAAGGGUGGUGUUAAGGGGCAGUCAGGGGAAAUAAUCCACUUCAGGAGUCCAGCAAUAUUCUCCAAGGUGAAGCAAGUGCUGAUAAACAUUUCAUGGCUCAAGGAGAUGGGACAUGAGGAUCAGGUCAAUGCACAGGGACACAUGGAUCAGGUCAAUGUACAAGCCAAUGAAUGUCAGGUCAAUGUACAAGCCAAUGAAUGUCAGGUCAAUGUACGAGGCAAUGAAGGGCAGGUCAUUGCCAAGGUACGCACAGGUCAGGACAGUGAACAGGAGCUCAACAAUCAGGUCAGUGUACAAGCCAAUGAAGUUCAGGUCAAUGUGCAAGCCAAGGAUGGUCAGGUCAUUGCACAGGGAUACAAUGAUCAGGUCGGUGUACAAGCCAAUGAAACUCAGCUCAGUGCACAGGCCAGUGAAGGUCACAUGAAUGAAGGACACAAGAGUGAGAGUGACACCAGUGAUACAGAACAGGUGAAAGGGGAGGCAGAAGACAUGCUGCUGGACAUGGCCAGCAUCUCCUCUCCCAUCCACAUCGACUCCCUCGACCCCAACUCCAGUUUGGAGAAUGCCCUGAACGCCCUGAUGGGUGACACGGACCAGAUGCUCACUAAUAGAGCUGUGUGGGUGAAGAUGAGUCAGUCAGGGAAGAUGAAGGAACCAGCGAGGCGAGAGGGUGUGAAGCAGAGCCUGAUUACAACCAUCCUUCAGUGCUCCUUCACACACGCUGUUGUACAGGAUCGGACUCUCGACCUAAAUCUGAAGCUUGUAAUGGGAGAGGAUGAUGGUGAUGGGCAGAUGUUCAGCAAGUUCGUCCAGGGGGUUGUGACAUGUACUCAAGUUGUUGCAGAGUCCGUCUGCUCAAAUGAAGCAGACGGCUGUGACAGGUGUGGGGAGAGGCUGGAGAAAAAGGAGACACUGAUCCGUAUCAAUUUGACAUCAGUGGAUGAGAACUGUGCUUGUGGUACUGGAGUGGAGGUUACUGACUUUCCAGAUAAAAGUGAAUCUGAUUGUGCAGUUCUGAAAAACACUGCUGAGCCAAAACAAGCCAGCGUUGACCCUGCUGAGUCUGUGACAGGGAGUGAUGAUGAUGAUGAUGAGGAAGAGGAGGAGGAAUGUAGUGAUGAUGAAAUAGAUGAAACGUUUGAACAGUUUGACACACACAUGGAUGAAGAAAGUGAUAAGGCAGCUGAUGAUGAUCAGCAGAAGAAAACAAAAACAUCUGAUUUAUCAAUGGACAGCGUCAAGAACAAUGAGGUGUUCAACACCAAUACAGGGAGACCCCCGUCGAUCUUGUCGACCACGAGAGAAUUUUUAAACAUGCAUCCAAUCUGCGGCAGCAUAAGGCCUCGCACUGACGCCAGGCCCUUUGUCUGUGAUGUGUGUGGUCUGGGGUUUAAGACAAGAACAAAUUGGAAGACCCACAAAUAUCGUCAUGCGAAGGCAUUCAAAUGUGAUAUCUGUGACAGGGCAUUCAGUCUGGCACCUGCCCUCAAGUACCACAUCCGCACCCACACGGGAGAACGUCCAUUUCAGUGUGAUACUUGUGGCAUGACCUUCACCUCAACAGGUGGACUCCGUGCACACAAGAAGAGACAUCUGACUAAAGAAAAGUCAUUUAUGUGUAGCAUGUGUGACAAAGCUUUUAUGACCAAAACAAAUUUGGAGACGCAUAUUCGAAUCCACAAAGGAAUACGCCCCUUUGCCUGUCCAUACUGUCACCUUCACUUCGCUUCCCGUCCCCAUCUCAACAAACACAAGCGACAACAUACAAAGGAGAAAGAAUUCAAGUGCAGUUUUUGUUCCAAGGCUUUUUUCACACAGAAACUUCUAGAUGUACAUCGUAGUAAGCACACAGGGGAGAAGAGAUUCUCCUGUGAAGUGUGUGGCAACAAGUUCAUCACGUCAUCCACCCUGAAGGAUCACCUGCUUCUGCACAGUUCAGUGAAGCCGUUUCAGUGUCACGUCUGUCAGAAGGAGUUUGCUGCCAAAAAGACGCUGAAGAAACACAUGCAGAUACACAACACGGAGAACCCUUUGGUGUGUGAAUUCUGUGGCAAGAAGUGUCCAGCUCCAAAAUACCUCAAGAGCCACAUGAAGAUGCACACAGGCUACGAGAGACACCAGUGUAGCAUCUGUGGAAAGAGUUACCGAGAUCCGCGGUACCUGAAGAUCCACAUGAAGAGCCACACAGGUGAAGGGCUGAUUCAGUGCAGAACCUGCGGAGAACAUUUUGCAGAUCCUGCAUACCUGAAGCUUCACCAGAAGAAGCACUGUAAGGCAAGGAAGGAGAACUGCUACAUUUGUGGGCAAGGUUUUGCUAACAGCAAUGACCUUGUUCUGCACAUGGGGCUGCACACUGGGGAGCGACCGUUCGGAUGUGAAACAUGUGGGAAGGCUUACACCACAUCUGAGGCCUUGGCAGAACAUUCCAAGCGCCACGACAUUAAAAUGAAAACCCACCAGUGUACUAUCUGUUACAAACGUUUCUACACAUCACAUGACCUGCAGAGGCACACAAGGCGCACUCAGUGUUCGAAGGGAUCGCGUUUUGACGCGACAGGUAACAAUGCUUCCAAGCAUGUGACUGUCAGCACUACAGGAACAGGAACCAUCUUGGCAGCUGAGAUGGAAGCUGGUCGAUCCUCCAACAUGCCAGUCGAGGAACAUCUCAUACACUCAGCUGAAGAAAGAGUGACACACGUGUUAGGCCAUUGUGAACACACUAUCAGUCAUCCACUGCCACGGUCAGGUGAAAAACACAUACUGACUCAGCAGCUGCCACAAACAGCCAAAGAGCCAAUCCUUCCAAUAAACCGAUCAUCUGAGGAACAUGUGGUAGUGGAUCCUCUAGGCCACCUGUCCACACAGAGCCCAAUGACUGAACCCUUGUGUCAUUUGUCUGGUGGCAUCCAUCCUCCAGGUCCUGACCCCAGUAAGAGCCACACACUCACACAGUUAGGAGGCACAGCAGAAAUGCCUCUGUCCAGCACGUCGGGAGGGGGACUCAUCACCAUCGACAGCUCAGUGAUCGACUCAAGGGUUCAGUUGGCUGGUGGUGCUGGCAUGGAGUCAUCUGUCAGUCUCACAGCUCUCCCUCCAACUGCUGGGUCCUCUUACGUCAUGUAUGACAUGCAGGGAAGGGAAGGAUGCCCACCGUAAAUGAACUGCUGCUGUCCUGGAUAUAGCUUUGUUUCUAGUAUCUUUGUAUAAUGCCACUUUCAGUUUUGUUAGUGUAAGUUCAUUGUUUAGCACCUCUAUCUCUUGGAAACAAAUGCCAAAUUAUUGUGCAGGUUUCUAAAAAUCUGCAUCCAAGCUUUAGAUUGUAAUUCACAAAGAAAUAACAUUAUCCUUGGGGAUCUUGUUGAAUUUCUUCUCAGCUCCUCCAAUCUGGGCACAAACAGCUCAUUACUUUAUAUGCCAGGCCCUUCCACACUCACUACUCUGGUGUACUGGUACUUGUUGCAUUGUCCCAGUGUUUCUUGUCACGUGAACAUUUAUGUUGAAAUAUACCGGUAUGCUUCAGCAGCCGGUACUUGAAAGGUGCGACUUUCCAUGUGAA